AUGAGCAUCCUAGUAGAGGGCAGUCUGGUAGUUCUAGAAACCCUUUCGCUCCACUCCAACAUUCCGCAAACACCAGACCAAGUCAACACGGAGGUCAAGGACACUCCGCCAAGGAUUCUCAACCUCUACCGUCAGCAGACACUUCAAGCUAAUCAAUCCCUUUAUAGUUUAAAUAAGACCACACUUGCAAACGAUCUCUCUACCGAGCGUCCACAAUGGAUACUGUCUGCGUACGCACCAGGCAAAGAUACGCCAUCACAACUCUUCGGCGGCUAUCCAAGGGAACAGUCCUUCGAGGAGCUUCGUGUACAGCAUUACCAUCUAGCCGCACAAGGGAAAGCUCGAGAGGCCAUGCAAGAAGCUCAGGUCUUAGUUCACAACGCAGAGAUGCAAAUGAAAGCCGCUCUAGACGACGUUGAAGGUGCUCUCAAAUACCUUAUUGAUAGCGAAAACCAGCAUCCAAAUCGUAUCGACAUUUGUAAGGCCAAAGGAAUCAUUUCACCGCAGAAUCAACAUCAAUCUGUGCCAUCACAAACUGCUUCUUCGUUUGGACAGUCUUCGAAUAGGAGCCCUGCGUUUGGCCAGCCCUCGGCACCGACGGCAUUUGGACGACAAUCUGCUUCGACUUUUGGACAACCAUCAGCGCCUUUGUCUAAUAUCGGUGGGUCAGCUGCUUCCGCCUUUGGACAGCCUUCAUUCGGUCAGACAUCCACUUUCAGCCGACCUACGACGUCAUUUGGGCCAUCAGCCACAGCACCUGGUCAAACUACGAACUCUGCUCCGACCUUUGGGCAACCGUCCGUCUCGAAUGCGGCUGGUUUCCCACAACCGGCUCCUUCAACUAAUAUGCAGCAAGCCAACCCAUUUCAGCCGGCUUCAACUUCGUUCCAAAGCUCGCCGUUCGGUCAAUCGCAAGCUCCCUCUUCAAAUGGCACAUUUGGAGGAGCUGCUACCAAUCAAGCGGCCACUGGAAACCCGUUUGCUGCAAAGGCUUCCAACAACAUAGAGACUCUCCCACAAACUUCAAUUGCGUCCUCAAGCCCCAUCAACCAGACCUCAAUAGCUCAGCAAAGCAUAUCAAACGAUCCAAGGCGGGUUGGGACCUCGACGAACAUCGCUAAGCCAACAUCGACAGUCAAUGUCGAGAGAGAUGGCCAGGGGAAAGUGCGAAGAUGGAAUGGUAAAGCAGUGACGUAUGUCGAUAGUGAGCCAUGUUACAGAGGAAACGACGGAAAUUGGCAGAGACUUUGGUUCCCUGAUGGAGCGCCGACUUUUGUCAAUGUCAUAGACCCAGCUGAUGAGGUUUAUGACGGCUUGACGAAGGAGAUCUAUGCAUCAUUGAAAACACGCGGAGACUUUCAGAACGGUGCAAUGCCCUUAUUGCCGCCGAAGAGAGAAUGGUGCGAUUGGAAUCUGUAG